AUGACUAUCACGACCACUGUCGAGAAGGAUGGAUACUAUGAAGUCGAUGGGACCCCCCAGAAACCUACUAUGUAUCUCCAUGUGAUCCCUGCAGCUUCCAGGUUACGGGGCAUUAUCAAAGACACGAAAGACCUUAUCGUAUGCCCUGGUGUUUAUGAUGGCCUAUCUGCUCGAAUUGCGAUGGAGGUUGGCUUCGAGUGUCUCUACAUGACCGGUGCUGGAACUACUGCAUCGCGGUUGGGAAUGGCGGACCUUGGCCUUGCUCAGCUUCACGAUAUGAAGACCAACGCUGAAAUGAUCGCAAAUUUGGAUCCAUUUGGUCCUCCAUUGAUAGCAGACAUGGAUACCGGCUACGGAGGUCCCUUGAUGGUAUCAAAGUCUAUUCAGCAAUACAUCCAAGCCGGUGUGGCGGGAUUCCAUAUUGAAGAUCAGAUCCAGAACAAACGUUGUGGACAUCUGCAAGGCAAAAAGGUUGUUGGCCAAGAAGAGUACCUCACACGUAUUCGUGCUGCCAAGCUGACCAAGGAUCGCUUGCACUCUGACAUUGUUCUAAUUGCACGAACCGACGCACUUCAGCAACACGGGUACGAGGAGUGUAUUCGCAGACUGAAGGCGGCCAGGGAAAUUGGGGCCGAUGUAGGGCUACUGGAAGGAUUCACCUCGAAAGAUCAAGCCCGACAAGCAGUCCAGGAUCUGGCUCCUUGGCCUCUUCUUCUUAACAUGGUUGAGAAUGGGGCGACCCCUCUGAUCACCACAAAAGAGGCUGAAGAGAUGGGCUUCAGGAUCAUGAUUUUUUCAUUUGCUACAAUCACACCAGCUUACCAGGGGAUUAAGACAACUUUGCAGCGACUCAAGAAUGAAGGAAUUGUAGGUACUCCUGAAGGGCUAGGCCCAAGAACAAUCUUCGAGGUCUGUGGGUUGGUGGAUGCCAUGAAGGUUGACGCAGAAUCCGGAGGCGAUGGCUUCGUCGACGGUGUUUAG